AUGGGCAAGGACAGAAGUUUAGAGAAAAGCAGGAUCUCCGGGGAGUUAAAGAACUGUGAUGAAGAGGCCCAGAAGAGGAAAGAACAGGAGUCACGCAUGGCUCUUUCUCAGGCACAGUUGAGCUUCAAGGAUGUGUUUAUAGAUUUCACUCCUGAGGAGUGGGAAUGCCUGGACCCUGCCCAGAGGACCUUGUACCAGGAUGUGAUGGAGGAGACCUUCAGGGACCUGCUGUCUGAUGAAUUGCAGAUGGUACAAUCUGAAGGGAUAGUUUUUGAAUGUAGUCAAGUUGUGACAAACGUCAGCGCCUCAGGUUUAUCAUCUCAGAAAACUCAUAAUGUCUGCAAAGGCUUUUCUCAUAAAGAUGAGAAUGCUGUUAUGCAUCCUUCAGAACUGUUUCCAGACCAUGAAACAAAAAACAAAAGAUCUUACAAAUGUAAUGAAUGUGACAUAACCUUUCUUCAGGACUCAGAACUCACUGGACAUCAAAGAAUCCAUACAGGAGGAAAACCAUAUAAAUGUGAUGUGUGUGGCAAGGCUUUUAAUCAAACUAGAAAACUUGCAGUUCAUUGGAGAAUUCAUACUGGAGAGAAACCACAUAAAUAUGAUGUAGGUGACAAGGCUUUUAUUCAAAUUGGAAACCUUGCAGUUCAUCAGAAUAUUCACACCGGAGAGAAACGAUAUAAAUGUGAUGCGUGUGGUCACUGCUUUAAACAAAGCACACACCUUGAAAAUCAUCAGAGAACUCAUACCGGAUUGAAACCAUAUAAAUGUGAUGUUUCUGGAAAGGCCUUUAGUCAAAAUGCAAGCCAUGCAGUUCAUCAGAGACUUCAUACUGGAAAGAAACCAUAUAAAUGUGAUGUAUGUGGCAAGACUUUCAUUCAAACUGCAAACCUUGCAAUUCAUGAGAAAAUUCAUACUGGAGAGAAACCAUAUAAAUGUGAUGUAUGUUGCAAGGCCUUUAAUCAAGCUGCAAAAUUUGUAAUUCAUUGGAGAGUUCAUACUGGAGAGAAACCAUAUAAAUGUGAUGUAUGUGGCAAGGCCUUUAGUAUAACUAGAAGCCUUGCAGUUCAUCAGAGAGUUCAUACUGGAGAGAAACCAUAUAAUUGUGGUAUAUGUGGCAAGGCUUUCAGUGUAAGUUCAAGCCUUGCUGUUCAUCAGAGAGUUCAUACUGGAGAGAAACCAUAUAAUUGUGGUAUAUGUGGCAAGGCUUUCAGUGUAAGUUCAAGCCUUGCUGUUCAUCAGAGAGUUCAUACCGGAGAGAAGCAAUAUAAAUGUGAUUUGUGUGGCAAGGGCUUUAAUGAAGCUGCAAAGUUUGCAGUUCAUCGGAGAUUCCAUAUGGGAGAGAAAACAUAUAAAUGUGAUAUAUGUUGCAGAGCCUUUAGUCAAACUGCAAACCUUGCAUUUCAUUGGAGAAUUCAUACUGGAGAGAAAUCAUAUAAAUGUUAUGUAUGUGGCAAAGGCUUUAGUGAAACUUCAAGCCUUGAAGUUCAUCGGAGAAUUCAUACUGGAGAGAAACUAUAUAAAUGUGAUGUAUGUGGCAAGGCCUUUAAUCAGACUGCAAAACUUGGACUUCAUCAGAGAAUUCAUACUGGAGAGAAACCUCAUAAAUGUGAUGUGUGUGGCAAGGCGUUUAGUCGUACUGGAUACCUUGUUGUUCAUCGGAGAGUUCAUUACUGGAGAGAAACCAUAUAA